GCUAGCUUGAUACUGAACCGGUUCAUGUUGUGACUGUACUACUGUCCCAAUAUGUUCAUUUAACGUUAGCUAUUUGAAUUACUUGUUUUCUUAACAUAGCACAUCUUUUCAUGGCACAUAUCCCUUUUACCGUCGGUGCAGUGGAAGUCAGACUGCUUCCCUAAUUACGAAGGUGUUUUGGGGGCUUGAUGCUGUCCAUCCCUGUCCUGCCCCGUGCCAAGUGUCAGUAUGGAUGAAGAAACCCUUGAGGCAGCCAUCUCUACCUAUGGUGCCCAGUUGCAGCAGGUGGAGACAGCCCUGUCAGCUGGCCUGGACCCCUCCCAACAGUCAGACCUGCUAAAACUGAAAGAGGACCUUAGUCAGCUGAUAGAGCUCACCGAGUCCAGCCUGGUGUCUGUCAAAAAGAGUCGUCUUCUGGCCAGCCUCGAGGACAUCAAUGGACUGCAGUCAAGCACCUCAGAGGCAGAAGCUGACACAAACAGUGCAAAUGAGAGUUUGGGUGCUGAGUUUGCCGCUUUCUACUCUGAACUCGGGGAGUCUUCAGGUAGUAGUUCUGAUACUAGAGAGAGGGACAAGGAGGGGGAAGGUGGGGUAGAGGAUGAUGAAGAGGAGGAGGCAGAGGAAGAAGAAGAUGCCCUCAGUGGUACCAAAGUAAGAGCACCCUACCGGACAAAAUGGGGGACCCUGGAGUAUCACAAUGCCAUGGUGGUGGGGGCAGAACCACCAGACGGAGAAGAGGCACAAGUACGAGUGCUCUAUGUGUUGCCCACCCAGAAGUCUAUGAAACCCUGUCCAUUCUACCUAGAGGACAAAUGCCGCUUCCCAGACAAUUGCAGGUUUUCCCACGGCGAAGUGGUUUAUGUGUCGGAGCUCAGACAGUUCCUUGAGUUUGAUCUCAGUAAUCUUGAAGAAGGAUCGUCCUGCUUGGCUCGACACGAGGACGGCAUCUGGUACCCUGCCAAAAUCAAAGAAAUCGACAGUGGUUUCUACACUAUUAAGUUUGACUCAGUGCUGCUGAAAGAUGUCGUGGUCGAGGCUGACGGUGUUAUCCCGCCUUUGAGAGAGGACGACCCACUCUCCUCUGACUCUGACCUAGAGGACACUCUAGAUGGAGAUGAUGUGGCCUAUGCAAAAGUUAUGGACUCUGCUGUAGAAUCCACGGUAGAGUUAAACAGUAUAAAUUUUGGUGGCUGGGAGGCACACACCAGAGGCAUCGGGUCCAAGCUUAUGCUCAAAAUGGGCUAUGAAUAUGGGAAAGGCUUAGGAAAGAUGCAGGAGGGUCGAGUAGAGCCAGUCAUGGCCGUGGUCCUACCCAAAGGUAAGUCUCUAGAUCAGUGUGCUGAGCUCACGCAGAGACGAACCCAGAACAAGACUGCUAAAGAUGGCACACAAAAAGGCCGGCCAAAGAGACGCAGAAAGCCUAAGGUCGCCACUGGAGGGCGCAAAACCGUCUUUGACUUUCUCAACAACAAGCUUGGAGGCAAGAGCACUGAUCCUGCUGAGGGGGGCACUGCUGCAUCAUCAGCAGCGACUGGCUUGGAGGCUUACAGGGGAGGAAAAAGCACCAAGAGGAGUCUGAACGUGAAGCUGUUCCAGGCUGCUGAGAGGGUGUCCCAGACUGAGAGGGAGAUCCAGAAACUGAGUGAGUCACUCAGCCGACAAACAGGAAGGGACGCUUCCAGAGUGAAGCAGCUGGAAGAGAAGCUGUCAUCGGCCCGCCGGCUGCUGGCCCAGCAGAAAGCCCAGGAGCUGUCCAUCCAGAAAGAGAACAGAAAGGCUGACACACACAAGAAAAUGACUGAGUUCUAAGCUCAGUUCCCUCAAGUUCCCUCAAAGACUUGGAGGAUAAAAGGAAGCACCGCUUGCCUGAAAUGAACUUUUGUCCCUUCCCUGUUGUCAGUUAUUUGCUACACUGUUUUUUUUAAAGACAUUUUUUAACCUUGUUUCUCACUGGCAUCAUGGAUUUGAGCCGGCAGUGGUGCCCACUUUAGACAGAAUGGAUCAUUUACUGAAGAUCAUUUCUGUUUGCCAUUUUACUUUCAAGGACUGAGCAGUUUAUUUUGUUGUUUAGUUUCAAACUGUACAAUUCACAAUAAUGUUACAAACAACAUUUUAUUUGUAAUUAACAUUUUGUCUCAGUGUAUUUGUCUUUAUCAGCACUAAAAACGCUGUUUCGAAAAUC